CUUUAGACAUCAAAAUUUGCAAAAUUGUCACUCCGGAACGGGCGGGUUUCGAUAAUCGAACCACGUGGUACCGUUUGCGCAUACCCGCAUCUGCUCCCAGUCCAACUUCAAUUCCACCUUUUGCGGUGUAGCAGCCAUAUUCGUUGCGGGAAUUCACGGACCGAAUCACGAUGUUCAGUACCCUGUUGACAAAGGCCUACUGCCAACCUGAGGCGCAGUCGCCGCCCCAGGGCAUCGUCAAGUCGCUGACGGCCGGCCGCACGAUCGCUGCCGCCUCCGUACAAACUGGCGACUCGUGCGAAUUCGCCUCCAUGAAAUACUUCGGUCUGUGCGGUCUGGCCGGUAUCCUGUCGUGCGGCAUCACCCACACCGCCGUCGUGCCCCUCGACUUGGUCAAGUGUCGUAUGCAAGUCGAUCCCGCUAAAUACAAGAACUUGAUCAACGGCUUCAAAGUUACAUUGGCCGAGGAUGGCGUCAAGGGUCUCGCUAAGGGAUGGGCGCCGACCUUCUUCGGUUACUCCGCCCAGGGGCUCUGCAAGUUCGGUCUCUAUGAAGUGUUCAAGGUCGUCUACGCUGAUGCGUUGGGCGAAGAGAACGCGUACCUGUAUCGUACAUGGUUGUACCUCGCCGCUUCGGCUUCCGCCGAAUUCUUCGCAGACAUCGCCCUGUCGCCCAUGGAGGCGGCCAAGGUCAAGAUCCAAACUACACCCGGAUUCGCAAACACCUUGAGAGAGGCGUGGCCCAGAAUCAUGCGCGAAGAAGGACUGAAUGGCUUCUACAAAUCGUUGACCCCAUUGUGGGGCCGUCAAAUCCCCUACACCAUGAUGAAGUUCGCCUGCUUCGAAAAGACCGUGGAGCUGCUCUACAAACACGUCGUUCCGAAGCCCAGGGAACAAUGCAGCAAGGGCGAACAACUGAUCGUCACCUUCGCUGCCGGUUACAUCGCCGGUGUGUUCUGCGCCAUCGUCUCACAUCCCGCCGACACCGUCGUCUCCAAACUGAACCAGGAGAAGGGAGCGACCGCCCUGGGCGUGUUCAAGAAGUUGGGAUGGUCUGGCACCUGGAAGGGACUGGGACCAAGGAUCAUUAUGAUCGGUACCCUCACCGCCUUGCAAUGGUUCAUCUACGACGCCUUCAAGGUUGCGAUGCGUAUGCCACGUCCACCACCACCAGAGAUGCCCGAAUCAUUGAAAGCCAAGCUUAAGGCCAAAGGAGAGCUGUAAUGUGUGCGAGAUUAUCAUUAAUUUAUUCCAUAUGAAAUAAAAACAAGUGAUGUUAUUUUAACGGUUCUUAAUCUGACCCUUUGUUUUUGUGUUACCAGUAUUUUUUUGCCCCUUUUACAAUCGAUCAUAAAGGUUACGAGUAAGCCAUCUGAUAUUCGUGUUGUUUUAAUAUUUAAUUUGUGUAUUUUAGACUGUACAUAGGAGAAAUAAAUAAAACACGAUUGUGAUGUUAA